CGCCAUCUGUCGGCCACGAACCCGCGCCCGGCUCCCGUUGGGAGGGAGCGGCAUCUAGCGGCAGAGAGUUGCCACUGCAACGCCUGGCUCCCAGCCCUCCCACCCAACGUCCUCCUCCCAGUCACCGACCAAUCGUGGCCCACUGACUCCCGGGUUCAGCGUCUCCGACGCCGCCCGCAAACCAGGCGCCCGCAGGGGCGCGCCACCGAGUGGGGUAAACAAGGUGCCGUGCCCGCGCCUGACUUACUCAUUCGUUUGGCCGCCCUUCCGCCGCGGACCCGAUCGAGCCGCGGUUUUUCUGUCUUUAGUAGGGUGUCGAGGGGAGGGCGGUAAGAAUGUCCGGCGGAGCCCCGGGCCGUGGGAAUCCAGAGGCUGGCUGGACUCGCUCGAGGACUCGUUCCCCGGGCCCCUGCGCUCCUCGCGCGGCGCUAAGCCCACUGGUCCCGUCUCCGAGAAAACGUGGUCUGUGUCUCCAGGGUCUAGGAGUCCUAAGGAACUGGACUACUAGGCUAGGCCGGGCGCUCGACCAAUUUGUUCGCCACUCUCGGGGCAGAGGAAGAGAUACGACCGAGCGAAGUGGAGGGAAAUCGAAAUUUGGGCAAAGGAGUGUGGGGGGACCCCGCCUCACCCGCGCAUCCACUGGCUUCCUGGGCGGGGGCAGCAGCGCGAAAUUGUUGAGAAUUUAGGUUACCUCGCACCCUGCCUUCCCAACCCUCCCCCAAGAUGUUUGAAGUGCGAAAAGACCCUUUCUGUUCCUCCGACCCCUGUUAACUAAAAUGUUUGUCACCCUUAUUUUUUUAUUUGUUUCGAAUCCAGUGUACUGGACCUUUGACCGCCAAGAGCUCUUUACUCGGGGGAGAAAAACUCGGGGAGGGCCUAUCCCAUCCAAAGCACCGCUUUUUCCUUGGACAGGAAGAAGUGACCUAUUACAGUGUCUCCAUUGCUGUUAUAGAAGUUCGUAGAUUCAUAAAAUAGUGUUUGCUUAAGAA